GUCAUUGAGCCUAAGAUCCCCUGAUUGUAUAUAUUAGCCGUUGUGACAAUUUGUAGCUUUUUAAGCUCAGCGGCCACAGGUCCACAGAAAAAGACAAACCAUCAAAAGCCCCGUUGAUCUGCGCUAAUGUUCUUGGCGGGUUAUGCUGCUGAAAAAGGAAUGACCCUUCCACCCACAAUUGCGGAUUUAAAGCAUCUUGGCCUCUUCAUUCCACGGGCGACAAUUAGUAAAGUUUGUAAUCACCUGUAAUGAGGCUUAGUCCACCAAUAUAUAAGGAGGAUUGUUCCACCACGAAUCCCUAGAUAAUUUUCAAUCUUGACAACUUCUACCUAAAAGUACUAGUGGAAACUUACCUAGUCCUGCGCUUCAUUUCUCCUUGUCUGUAAAAUUUUCCACCAGCUGUGGACGCUCGCAUCAUGUCGAAUUUCCAAAGUACCAUCAACAUCACCCACAUUGGCACUGCUACUGCUGUGCUCGAAAUCGACGGCGUCAACUUCCUUACCGACCCUUUCUUCUCUCCGGCCGGGACUAGUUUCCCCAUCAGCGAGGAUUUCGCACUGAAAGUCUCAGACGACCCCGCCCUUCGUCUGGACGAACUACCACCAAUUGAUGCUGUUUUGCUCAGUCAUGAAGAUCAUGCUGAUAAUUUGGACGAUUAUGGUCGCCAGCUACUAAAUGGCCGUCACGUUUUCACUACUGUAGAUGGUGCUAAAAACCUGGCUCCGCGUCCAGCGGUCCAGGGAAUGAAGCCUUGGGAAAGCACAAGCGUCAACUUGGGUGGCGUCAAAUACACUAUCACCGCCACGCCAACCCAACAUUUUCCCGGCAAUGAGUGUACCGGGUUUAUCUUGACGACUGAUCGGUUCGGCCACCAUGUUGAUGGACGUCCAAACGCGGUCUGGUUUACUGGUGACACGGUUUACAUUGAGGAGUUUGUCCGGAUUCCGGAACAGUUCCACGUUGUGGUGGCUCUGAUGAAUCUGGGUUCGGCCUUCGUGGAGACUCCCAUUAGCGAUGGAAAGCUUGUCCAGAUCACUAUGGACGGCAAGCAAGCGGGAUCCCUAUUCAGAAUGCUAAAGGCGGACCAUCUGGUGCCGAUGCACUAUGAAUCUUGGGGACACUUUACACAAUUUGGCAAGGACCUGAUGGCUGACUUCAAGGAAGAAGGAGUAGAAGAGAAGGUCCGGUGGUUAGUACCUGGAAAAGCUGUUAGAAUUAUUUAGUUUGUAAUAAGAGAUCUGACUGUUGCUCGUUAUACACUUUCCGAAUUUACCGCAGGAUUGCACUUUUUUGUGCACAACUGAAUAAUGAAUUGGUUUAGAAUUUUCAAUUAUUAUAUCAAAAUUUUAUAUAUC